AAGGAAUGUACACUUUGACCUUUCACCACCGGAAGCCAUUUAUUUUGGAACGGAUCUCUUCUCUUGGCCCAGACGUGGCCGUUUCAAAAGCAACGCAAGUCUGUCUAUCGAUCUAACAGCAGAAGUAGACCGCAGAAUGGACGAUCAUUCGGAUGGACUGUUUCCUGCGAUCGAGAAAAAUCCAGCAGAAGACAUGGCGACAGACUUGGAAAAUUGGCAGAACGACAGCAAAGAAAUAUCAUGUGAGGAAACAAUUGCUGAGGACACCUCACCCAACAAGAAAAACGUUCCACACGCAGAGCUAGUGGACAGGCAUCAGGAAGUCACUAUGGAUGGAUCCCACAUAUGCAAGGAGUGCGGGUAUGUUGCUGAUAGCAUGCCCAGCCUGGUCGUGCAUACAAGGAGACAUACAGACAGAAAACCCAACAAGUGUGACCAGUGUGACUAUUCUGCUAAAUGGAAAUGGCAGUUAGACCACCACAUUGCAAAACACCAUGGAAAACCGUACAUGUGUGGGGAGUGCGGGUACAGGACAGGUAAAAUGUGUAUCUUGACUGUACAUAUGAGAAAACAUACUGGUGUUAAACCUUACAUGUGUGGGGAUUGUGGCUAUAGAGCAGCUUACAGGUCUUCCCUGUACCUACAUAUGAGUACACAUAUACACAAUGUAGGGACUAAAUAUUAUAUGUGUAGGGAUUGCGAUUACAGAACUGCUCACAAGUCUGCCCUAUCCCAACACAUGAGAACACAUACAGGCGAGAGACCCUACAAAUGUGACCAGUGUGACUAUUCCGCUACACAGAAAAACAAUUUGAACCGACACAGGGCCAAGCACAUGGAUGAUAAACCCUACAAAUGUGACCAGUGUGACUAUUCUGCAGCAAGGAAAGAUACUUUAGACCGACACAUGGCUUCCCACAUAGGAGAUAACCCCAACAAGUGUGACGUUUCUUCGCUGAAAAAAAGUUCCUCCGUACAUUUGGGCAGACAAGCCGUUGAAUACGUGUGUGAAGAAUGCAGUUACAGGGCAUCUGGCAGGACUGACUUAACCAACCACAUGAGAAAACAUACAGGUGAGAAACCCUACAAGUGUGACCAAUGUGACUAUUCCUCUGCAUGGAAAAAUGCUUUAGCCCAACACAAAUUGUCUAAACACACUGGAGAAAAACUCUACAUGUGUGAAAAGUGCGGACACAGGACUGCUAACGUGUCUGGCUUAACUAAUCACAUGAAAAAACAUACCGGUGAGAAACCUUACAAAUGUGACCAGUGCGACUAUUCUGCUGCACAGAAAUCUACUUUAGACCAACAUAUGGUUAGGCACACUGGUGAAAAACCCUACAUGUGUGGGGAGUGCGGAUUCAAAACUGCACACAAGUUCUCCCUGUCCCUACAUAUGAGAACACAUACAGGUGAGAAACCCUACAAAUGUGACCAGUGCGACUGUUCCUAUACAGUGAAAGGACAUUUGGACAGACACAUGGCUAAACACACCGGGGCCAAGCCUUACAUGUGUGAGGAGUGCGGCUACAGGACGGCUGAUAAAUCCUGCCUGUCAAAACACAUGAAAACACAUACCGGUGAGAAACCCUACAAAUGUGACAAGUGUGAAUAUUCUUCUGCCAUAAAAUCUACUUUAGCCCGACAUAUGAUUAUGCACAGUGGAGAAACUCCAUACAAGUGUGAGGAGUGCGGGUACAGGGCAGCUACAAAAUAUCGCCUAUCUCAACAUAUCAAAACGCAUACUGGCAAUCACAUGGCCAAACACGAUUGUACAUGAACUGUACUAGAAGAAUGCUGUUCCAGGAAGACUUCAGCAUUUGCGAGAAGCGCUAUGGAGAAGCAGUAUUGUAUAAGACAUAUGGACAGGAAAGUGAUAGAACAUAAGUGAAGGUGAACUGAACGUAUGCGGGAACUGUGUUUCAUCAAGGAGCUUUUAUCAAGUCGAUGGUUUCAUAAAGACAACAAUAGGAAAAUAAGGCUAUGAAAAAACGUAUUCACACCUGUAUGUCUGGUACGUUCACAGUAUAACCACAUAUUGGAAACAGAUUGAAGGACAAAGACCUUACAGAAAUGUGAUAGCACGUGGGAAAAGGGCUUACAGUUCGUCUUGAGAGCGAGGUGUAAUAAACAUUUGGGCUGUGCACGGCGCAGUUCACCCAACCAUCUCCGUUUGCACACUGCCUUGUAGGGGUAAGAGGCAAGUAGCCGAAAUAUCAAUGUUGAUAUGCAGAAUAUCAAAACAAACUAUGACAGUCACACACAAGGAAAAUGUACCAUCUCUACAUCUUGUUUCUGAAGAUUCUUUCUUGUUAUUAAAUGUGUUACGUUUUAUUAACUGUUACAAGUAUUUGUUUGACACGUAUUUCAAAAGUAACAACAACGUAGAUGAUAGGCAUAUAUAACUUGUUCAAUAGCUAGAAAGUACUUGACAUUAAAUUCUACUAGUAAUGUAUACUUUUUUUUACAUAGGUGGCCGACAUGUACGCAGCAAUAGUUAUAUUUCAGCCACACCAUAGGUAUGGUGAAAUAUAUUGUAUUCGUAAUGUUUCUUCUUUUUCUUCUUUUCCUGUCAAAUCUUCAAAACUCGUUAUCUCCGUUGUUCCACUUUUAAACUUUGGUGAUUAUGUCAAAGUGUUUUUAGACUGGUCUAUUAUACCUUUUCAUGCACGGGGGACCUUUUUUGCUAAUUUCAAUUUUGGAUUCGGUUUCUUAUUCAAAAGGCCAUGUUUUCAGUGGGAUUAUUUCUGAACUGGUCUAAUGUGCAAAUUCUCAUGGGGUGUACUGGAGUCCAUUCUUGGAGAUGGCUGAAAUAUGCUGUAUUUGCUCUCAAUCAAAUGUCGGCCUUUCUAGUUUCUAAUAACUUUUUUACGAUCAUGAACCUGUAAUGGGUAAUGCCUACAUUAUCUACUGUAUUUACUCUAUCGUAGUCUUAUCCUGUGUAAACGUUGAUUCUGAAUCAUUAGAAGGUUUUGACUAUUACUUUGAAUGUAUAAUUAUUA